CUGGUUGAAGUCGAACUUUUUGUGAGAAAUUUUUGAAAUAAAAAUCUUUACGAUGGAGGGGAUUUUCAAAAAUUUCUUGCUUGCUGUUUUACUCUUGUACUUGAUCAAUGAAUCAACAGCAUGUCAAGGGUUUAAGUUAAAAAUUCACUAUAUGAAAAAUUGUGGAAGUAAUAAUGUGAUUAAACUCCAAGACAAUUCAACUGCGAAACUUACAAAGGAUUGUGAAAUUGUUCCAACAGUUUGUGCAGAAACCGAAGGAUUUAAGACUGCUAUGCUUCAUUAUGAGAUAUACAAAAACAAUCUCAUUGUUCUACGCGGUGAUAUUGAUGCUUGUGCUGAGUUGAAAAAAUUGAAACCAGAAGUAAAAGAAAUGAUAAAACUUUUCGGACUACCUGAUAAGUGCCCAAUUGAAAAACAAACUAAAUGUGAGGAUGGCUCUAAAAAGGCCAACGUUCAACAGUAUAAGAGUUUCCUUCAGCUUGCUCUUGGUGGACCAAUACGUACUGAAAUAACCAUACAACACGAUACUGGAAAAAGCUGUUUCAAAAGUGAAGUCGAAUUUGUAAAGAAAUAAUUUUCUUUGAUAAAAAUUAUCAUCAUCAAAUAUUUUUUUUAUUUUAAAUUUGUAAACGUCCUGUACUCUUAUUUUAUUGAAAAUGCAAAUAAAAUCAACUUAGUCUUCAAAAAAA